UCAUGUGUUGUAGUACAAGCUAGUCGUACCGUCGUUCGCUCCAUCCUUUGUGUUUUUCAAUUCUUCAUAAUAAUUGUCGUUCGGACUUUGGAGAUCUCAUCUUGUCCUCUUCAUUAAGGCUCACGAAUCUACGGCCGAAUAGCCUGAAUUCUAGUAAGAAUAACCAGAUAUUGAUUGCGAUUUCUCUCUUAUAUCGAAAUGGUCUUGACAACACAACAACAGAAAGAUGUUAAAGAUAUCAUUCGUGAAUCAUUCAACGAUAAACUAAUCUUAUCAACGCUGGCACAUACUGUCGCUAAUCUGGUAAUUGAUAAACUGGAUGAGAAAUGGAAUUCCCUGAAUGAGAAGAUUGACAUUGUUGAAGCUGAAUUGAACGUUCUUAGAGAGGAAAAUGUGAUUUUAAGGGAGCAGCUGAAUCAUUUUGAUCAGCAGCGUCGUCGCAAGUGUAUAAGGCUGCUCGGUAUGGAAGAGCAAAAAGGUGAAGACCUCUCUUCAGUUGUCAAAAAAACCUUUUGCGAAAAACUGAAACUCCAACGAGGUGAUGUACAGAUCGAUCUUUGCCAUAGAGUGGGAUCUGAUACGAUGAGGAAGAGACCCAUUAUUGUACAUUUUUCUUCACUGCAGUCCCGUAACACUGUCUUCAAAAAUAAAAGUAAGCUGAAGGGAACUAAGCUGGUCAUUGCUGAGGAUCUGACAAAGUAUAACUACUCCCUUCUUAAACGUGUUAUGGAGAGGAUCGGGGGUAGGGAUGUCUGGACUUCGAAUGGAAAAAUUUAUGCUAAAUUUGGUUCUGGAAAGAUGCUCAUAAGAUCUGAUGUUGAUUUGGUUAAGUUGGGUGGAGGGAGACUGGAAUCCGUUGUAGCAGGAGGAAGCACUGGUUCGGGCGAAUAAGGUCCAAUUUUAUUUAUUUUUGUUAUUAAAUAUUUUUUUUUUUUCUCUCUUUCAUUUUCUCUUUAUAUAGUAUCGAUUUUUUUUUUUUUUUUUUUUUCUUUCUCUUAUCUCAUGAAUGGGGGAUCAGAACCUAUGCUUACCGGUGCCCACUUGAAUGUUCGUUCGCUUUCUGCCAAUUUUUCAGAGUUCGGAAAUACAAUAUUGAAUCAUAAUUUUGAUUUGGUUGGUGUUACGGAAACUUGGCUUCGUGCUGAUGAAACAUUUUCAUUUGAAAUUGAGGAAUACAAUUUUGUUCAUAAUGACAGAACUACUAGGGGGGGAGGCACGGGUAUCUAUAUAAAAAAGAAUUUACACUAUCGAGUCGUCAACUUGGAUCUUAAUUUGGAAAAUACAUGCAUUAUACUUGAACGAGGAGUUAAAAGAGUGCUCUUCUGUGUGAUUUACAAGCCUCCUAAAGUUGAGGGAAGAUUGGGUACUCAUGUGCUUGUUGAUGACCUAGAAAAUCUCACCAUGGCUUCCUUGCCAUUGGCUGAUAAUCUUAUUGUCGUUGGGGAUAUGAAUGUCAACGUUUUGGAACCUGAUUCUUCUGACUCAUCUUCAUAUUUGAACUCACUUCAAACUUUUGGAUUACAUCAGUUGGUCAAAAAGCCAACCAGAAAGCGUGCUUUGCUUGAUCAUAUUCUCACAGAUAAACCUGAGCUGUUCAAAUGUACGGAUGUCUUGGACUGUCACUAUAGCGAUCACGAUAUGCCGAUUUUUGCCUUGAAUGUUUUCAGGAGGAACUAGCUAACUCUGAUCUUCAGGCGAUCUUCAGGAUACGUAAGAUCGAUGAUAAAAUACAUUAUUUCAACUCUGUUAUUUUAAAUCUGUUUAAUAAACACGCCCCAUAUGUUUCUAAGCGCAUCACGAAACCUCCUGCGCCUUGGUUGAACUCUAAUAUUAAAAAGCUAAUGAAGGAGAGAGACGCCGCCAAGAGUAAAUUCAAGAAGACAAGAUCGGAAUAUCACUGGAACGCUUAUAAAUUGCUCCGAAAUUCUACCACUGAACUUAUUCGAGUUGAAAAGAAAAAAUAUUUCUCACAUGUCUUUCGUGGAGCUGAUACAAGUGAGAUGUGGAAACAGCUAAAAUAUUUGAAUAUCAACAGAACGAAAAAGCUGAUUGAUGUUCCUGACAGUCUGACUAAUGUAGAUGAGAUGAAUGAUUACUUCAAUGGUUCUCAAAGACAAGUUGAUAUUGGGAAGUCUGAGAAGGUGAUGAGAUUCUACGACAGUAACUCAUUCUGUGAGUUUGAGGAGAAACUUGAGUUCCAUUUAGUGGACGAAGACAUAGUAUCUAAGUAUCUCUGUGAGAUCAAGUCGGAAUCGAGAGGUAUUGAUGAUAUAGGCUCGCAACUUCUGAGAUUAUGCUGUCCGUUUAUAUUGCAGUUCGUUGUCCACAUUAUAAAUAGUUGCAUUGUUGAAAGCUACUUUCCUGAAUUGUGGAAGAAGUCGAUCAUCUUACCUAUACCCAAAUCUUCUAAGGUUGAAAGUUAUGGGGACUUACGUCCUAUAAGUAUUCUUCCAACUAUGUCUAAAAUCUUGGAAAAGGUAUUGGCUGUUCAAAUCCGGGAGCACUUAGACAAGUAUAGUGUGAUUCCACAGGAGC